UUGUCGUGGCAAGUUUUCCAAGCAGGAAGUUACAUCGGGAACAGGUUUUCAGAAACAUUCAACAAUUCUCUGCUUUAAUUAUUCGCUGUAAACGUUUUGUGAUGUCUGCCAGCGGUGCUUGUGUGCUGUGUGCUGUGACUCUCACCUCUCCGGUGGGGGAAAUCCUGCUGCGCGGCUGUGAGAAGGGAGUUCACACCAUUGACAUCAAACUGAACACAGACAAGGAGGAGAGUGUCUCCUGUUGUAGUGUCCACCCUGUUGUCCUGUCAGAGAUGAGCUCUGAGCUGCAGCGUUGUGUUGACUGGCUUCAAUGCUACUUCAUGAACCCAGAGUCCAUCAGUGCUCUUCCUCUGCCUGCCUUACAUCAUCCGCUAAUGCAGAGCGACUCUUUUAAAGCACAGGUGCUGAAAACUCUGUUGAAGGAAGUGGGAGUUGGUAAAACAGUCUCCUACAAGCAGCUUGCUGAAAUGAUUGGGAACCCAAACGCUGUGCGAGCAGUGGGCUCAGCCAUGAAGCAAAACCCUGUCCCGUUAAUAGUGCCAUGUCACCGAGUGCUGCUCAGUUCAGGACACACUGGAUCAUACAUGGGAGGAAAGGGAGACGAUAUUAAAGUCUGGUUGCUCACUCAUGAGAGAAAAGCAGUGGAGCUUAAUCCAUCGCAGAGUGGAAAAUCCAUCUGAUGGUCCACACAAACUGUUGCACACAAAAUGCUGCCUCCAUGCUUGUUCACAGCUUUUGUUUUUGAGAUUUGAUUUCUGUAUUGAUUGGACCAUUUCUUUUUAACUUAAUAGAUAAAAUUGUUACCUUUGUUCUAGAAUUAUUCGUUUUAGAGGAAUGUGUUUGCAAUUGUGAUUUUGUUGUGGUUAGAUUAGUUCAAGUUGUGAUUGUCAGUGUUCUUUUGACAAUGUUAAAAUGUGAUUUGAAAAGUCAUUUUACGAACAAGCUGAUUAAUCCAAAGGAUUAUUGAAAAAUUAUACUAAAAGAAAUAUUUUUAUGGGAUCUGUUGCAGAAAUUUUGUUUUUUGCAGUUCUUUUGUAUUUUUGUAUUUUAGAGUUAUAAAAAAGAUUAAACAAAUAAACAACUAUGUAAAAUC